AUGACUAGCACGGUCAGGUCUCAUAAGGGGUUGGUAACCAAAAAGAACCAAAUCGUCCUGGCAUGGCUAGAGGAAUCAUCACAGUUUCUUCAAACUGCGCAGCAGACGAACACGCAGCACGAACACAGCAAGGAGCUGGCGCUAGCUGUGUCAAUGUGCGACGAGUAUCCACAGCUUCUAGAAGUCUCAUUGACCAAACUCACAGAAGCUUUCGAUAAGCUCGAAGAUACCACGGAUGAAGAUGAAGACAGAAUAGACAAGUACAUAGAGACUGUAGGGGAAACCAUUAUCAGGCUGCAUGCGCACAGGUCAAAUCUCAAGAAAACGCUGCAAGAGGACAACACAGGAAAAUCUACUGGCACAGAAGAAUACGCUGGUUCACAACAAACAGAGAUACAACGAGUGAACGAUGAAGUACUAAAAAGAUUCAAGGAAUCCAUCGAAAAAAGGGAAGAUGGAUACUACGUACGCCUGCCUUGGAAGGAAAAUCAUCCAGAUCUCCCUGAUAAUAAGGCAUUGGCGCUAAAAAGAUUGAAGAAAGUUCUGGAGAUAUAUCAGAAGGAUGAUGAGAUUCUCCAAGCAUACGAUAACACCUUCACAGACCAACUACAAAAGGGUGUUAUUGAAGAAACGUCGGAGAAUCCUGCUGACUGCGGAUCCAGGGGACUGACAGCAGGAGCACUGAGUGACCACACAUGGUGGAAAGGACCAAGCUUCAUAAACAAAGUGGAUUACGCUACACUUACCGAAAUAGAGAAAGAUGAAGAAGUAAUAACAGCGACAAUGGACUCAAUUGCGCACAUAUCCACAGAACAGCCCAAUGACCAAAUAAUAGACUUGACAAGAUACAGCUCUCUUGAGAAGGCACAGAGAGUAUUGGUCUAUGCACUACGCUUCAUAGGAAAAUCUUCCAUUCACUUCACCGAAGAAAGGAAAACAGAAAUUCAAAGGAACAUACCAGCCUUGAAGGCGAUGUCAAGGUCGCAAAACAUCACAGGAGCAGAAAUGCACGAAAGCAGAAUGUGCAUAAUUAGAGACCAUCAGAAACACUACGUGGACGAGCACCUCAUAAAAUCACAAAAGGAGUUGAACAUCCGUGAAGAUGAGCAAGGAGUAUUACGAUGUUACGGAAGACUCAAGAAAGCCGAUAUAUCACUCACGGCAAGAACACCGAUAUAUAUCGCACCAAAAACAGCGCUCAUAUCUAUCUAUCUAUAG